AUGGGUACGACUACAACUCAACCAGCUGAUGUAUCUGCAACUACAACUGUCAUGCCUGAGGUUGCAGUUGAACCGUCUAAGCCAGAGCCAGUUGCGGAACAAAAGCCUGCUGUUACAGUACCAAUUGAAACGCCAGUGGAAGAACCUGGUAGCCCAACGAUUCAGCCUGAUUUGAGUCAAUCUAGCACGUCGAGUGCGCUUGAAUCUUCAGGUGCAGAAUCACCAGACGUGGAAAUCAAGCUUGAUUUAGUUGCAGUUUAUAUGGAUAUGGAUGAUAAAGUAGGCGCUAGAGAGUUGCUUGAAGAGGUCAUAAAAGAGGGUGGACCCGCACAAAAACAACGUGCUCAGAAACUCUUGGAUGGCCUUGCCUGA